AGUAAACAAAUCAUCACGUUUCCCUCAGUGUUGCUGAGUCCAGCCUCGAAUUUUCCUUACGUCUCAACUGGAAAGUGAUACAAAUCUCGCGGGAGGCUGCCACGAAACUUGCGCGUCGCGAGUUCUCGAGCGGAGAGAUUCACGCGGCUGAAGUGUCCCUAAACGUCUUCUGAACUGGGCGACCUAAAGCUCCAAACGAACGAUCUCUUUCACUAGAUGUCCGAGAGAGAAGAAGACGCUGACGCCGACUCUGUUGAAGCUACAAGGAGUGGACGACACAUCAAGAGACGACGAUUCGACGAUGAAAUCGUCGAGAGCAGUCUAGGCGGUGUAUCUAAAUUGGGGGCUCAUGGAACGCUGCAGAGUACACCGACAACACCGACACCGGUCGCAGCCAUAGUCAAGAUGCCGAGACCGUCGAAAGAGAGUCGGAAAAACUCCCCCCCUCGCUCGCUGCUCGAAGUUCCCGUCGCAACUCCGGUGAAGGAAACCAAGGUCAAAGAUCUGAAAGGGAAAGAGAGUCAGAGCCAAGCUGCGCGACCCUCGAAACCCGCUCAGAAAUCUUCCAAGAAGCGCAAAUCUGAGAUUCAGCUCGAUGAGAUCCUCGGUUCAACCUCGAAACCCGCGUCCCCGUUCACGAUUUCGAGUCCUCCGUUCACCUGUCUAAGCGCUCCACUAGACGAUUCUGAAGACGAAAUAGACUCUUGGAAGCCGUCGGAUGAUCAGUUGCUAAUGCAAGCAGUCAUCCAACUGAAAGACUUGGAGCUGGUUCACAAAGGAACGAAGUUUUCCUAUCCCUUCAGUCUCGAACAGGUGACUUCUCGUUGGAAAGCAUUGCUCUACCCACCUGGCGGGUCCUCGGACAAUUCUUUCGAGGGAAUUGCGGAGCUCCAUCCCUCCACAGUGGAGUAUCUCGAGAGAAAAUGCCCAUUCAGCGAAGAAGAAGAAGCGAUACUAUCGAACAUCAGUAGUUAUGACGAUCCGAAAAUGUUUCAGUCGAUUCUAGACGCCCACAAAGAGGUGUUCCAUCCUAGACGUUCCGCGAAAUCCUUAUUGAAGCAUUGGCAGUUGAUGAAGCAGUAUUACCUCUUAGCCGAUCAGCAUAUUCCGGCUUCGUCGGAAAAACACAUCUACUUAAAUUUUUCCGACGUCGAGGACGAGUAUAACGACGCAGAAAUGGAGUCGCGAUGCAAACGUCGACGAGACUUCGCUCUGGACAACGAGCUGCGCCAGUUACAGCGAUCCGCCCGGAAAGAGAUGAAGCGUCUCGAGUCUGAACUCCCGCUCUGGCAUGCGAUGUCAGCUGAUGCCAAAGACGAUUGCAGGAAGAAAGUUGUGCCAGAUGUGGACAACCAGACCUUGGCGGUUCUCAGGGGAAGAUCGGUUAGAUAUCUGAUGAGAUCGAAGGAAAUAUCACUCGGCAGGUCUUCAAGGGAGAUCAAAGUUGAUGUCGACUUCAGUCUCGAAGGUUAUGCGUACAAGAUUUCUCGACGCCAAGCCAUCAUCAAGCUCCGCAAUAAUGGGGAGUUCGUAUUUGCUAAUGAGGGCAAGCGGCCGGUUUACGUGGAUGGCAACCCUGUACUGACUGGGAACAAGCUGAGAUUGAAUCACAACUCGGUCGUCGAGCUCGCAGGACUUCGUUUCGUUUUCUUGGUGAACCAAAAAUUGAUUAAUAGCGGCAUGGCUAAUCACAUCCAGUGAGUCGAUUCGCUGGGAGCAUGAAGUUCUUCUGUAUAUAUCGUUGCUCCUCUCAGUCGGGGAGUCCUACACUCGCACCUUAUUCUUGAUCGUCACGAAACUUGAUUUGGAAGAAGCGAUCGUUUUGUUACCUUAGUCAUGAGGCUCCAUUUGACGCAUCAUAAAAUAUCUCAUUUGUUGUUCGUA